CUUAAAACAUUAAGCCCAGCAUGGUUUCCACAACUGGCCUAUAAAUCAAAACCCAUCUCAACUGCAAACUCCAAGCAGCCUCAGAACUAUGUUUGGCUAGUUCAUUUCAAUUUUGAAAAUUAAAUCAAGAUGAAGAUGACAAUCUUUGCAUCAGUAUUGAUCAUAGUUAUGAUUGGUUUAGCCUCAACCAUGGCCCCUGUAGUGGCAUAUAGAAGUACAGAGUAUAUUUCCUCUCUCCAAAAGGCUCCAUAUACUUAUAUUCCUAAAGUUCCUGGUCACGGUAUGCCUGGUAAACCUGGAAGCAGCACACCGGGGAGUGGAAGCUGCCCUAUAGAUGCAUUAAAACUGGGAGCUUGUGUUGAUUUGCUUGGAGGAUUGGUGCACGUAGGAGCUGGUGACCCAGUUGUGAACAAGUGCUGCCCGCUUUUGAAAGGCAUUGCAGAACUAGAGGCAGCCCUGUGCUUGUGUACAACAAUUCGGGCUAAGCUCCUCAAUCUUAACAUCAUCCUUCCUCUUGCUCUUGAGCUUUUUGUUCAGUGUGAAAUGACUCCACCUGCUGGAUUUACAUGCCCAUCUGCUCAUUAAGAUAUUUGUGUUCUCUCUACUAUAUUGUAUUGUGAAACAUAUCUCCAAGCUGCUAUGGUCUGUUUCUAAGAUCACUGUCAUUAAACUUUAAA